AACUAAAGGCAGACUCCUCUCACAAGCGUCUUGCUUUGCUACCAUUAAAAUCAGACCCUUUUUUUGUCUCUCGAUUGCUGUCUCCCGACCAAACUCCGAUGUGUUCCGUUAUCAGCGACCUAAAGCCUGCCAUUCCAGCACCUGUCUUGCUAGGGAUCGGUGGAUAGUAUACGAUUCAGAAGGCAGACAAGGACAUAGGAGGCGAGAGAGCUCUAGAGAGACAGCCAGGGAUAGGCACAGAGAGCUUUGAAGUAAUUGGAUUCAAUGGACGAAAUGCUGCUGUUGACAAGAAUUCUCUUGGUGGGCUUCAUCUGCGCUCUUUUAGUCUCCUCUGGGCUGACUUGUGGACCAGGCAGGGGCAUUGGAAAAAGGAGACACCCCAAAAAGCUGACCCCUUUAGCCUAUAAGCAGUUUAUUCCCAAUGUGGCAGAGAAGACCCUAGGGGCCAGUGGAAGAUAUGAAGGGAAGAUCACAAGAAACUCCGAGAGAUUUAAAGAACUAACCCCAAAUUACAACCCUGACAUUAUUUUUAAGGAUGAAGAGAACACGGGAGCUGACAGACUGAUGACUCAGCGCUGCAAGGACAAGCUGAACGCCUUGGCGAUCUCGGUGAUGAACCAGUGGCCCGGGGUGAAGUUGCGGGUAACCGAGGGCUGGGAUGAGGACGGCCACCACUCCGAGGAGUCCCUGCACUACGAGGGUCGCGCCGUGGACAUCACCACCUCGGACCGGGACCGCAGCAAAUACGGCAUGCUGGCUCGCCUGGCCGUCGAGGCUGGCUUCGACUGGGUCUACUACGAGUCCAAGGCGCACAUCCACUGCUCCGUCAAAGCAGAAAAUUCGGUGGCAGCUAAAUCAGGGGGCUGCUUCCCCGGCUCGGCCACAGUGCACCUGGAGCAAGGCGGCACCAAGCUGGUAAAGGACCUGAGCCCUGGAGACCGGGUGCUGGCAGCUGAUGCAGAGGGCCGGCUGCUCUACAGCGACUUCCUCACCUUCCUUGACCGUGAGGAUGACUCCCACAAGCUCUUCUACGUCAUCGAGACACGGCAGCCCCGGGCCCGGCUGUUGCUGACGGCUGCCCAUCUCCUCUUCGUGGCCCCCCAACACAACCAUUCACAGGAGGGGACCCCCAGCACCCAGGCGCUCUUUGCCAGCCGUGUACGGCCGGGCCAAUGGAUCUACGUGUUGGACGAGGGCAGGCAGCAGCUCCUGCCGGCGGCUGUGCACAGCGUCUCCCUGCGGGAGGAGGCUUCGGGGGCGUACGCCCCACUUACCGCCCAAGGCACCAUUCUCAUCAACCAGGUGCUGGCCUCCUGCUAUGCCGUCAUUGAGGAGCACAGCUGGGCUCAUUGGGCGUUUGCUCCAUUCCGCCUGCUCCAGGGGAUGCUGGACACCCUCUGCCCCUCCAGUGAGGGGGCCCCAGUGGGUGCCCCCACCGCCUCUGGCAUCCACUGGUACUCUCGCCUCCUUUACCACAUCAGCAGCUGGGUGCUGGAUAGUGACUCUCUGCACCCGCUGGGCAUGGUGGUGUCGUCCAGCUGAGAACAUCCCGUGCUGCCCUGGCCACCUGCCAGUCUCCGAGGGAGAGACAGAGACACGGAGAGAGAAAGAAAGGAGAAAAAAAAAGGAAAACAAAACAAAAAAAAAAAAGAAAAGAAAAACCUAAAAGAAAAAAAAAGGAAAAAAAUUACAUAUUUUUAAAAGAGAGCACGGAUUAAGACUUAAAUAAUAAUAAUAAUAAAAUAAUAAUAAUUAAGUAGGACAGUCCAAAGUAGACUUUAAGGGAAACAAAGACCCCAGGAUGUUCUGUUCUGUUUAGUUUAUAAAUAUAUAUAUAUUUUUAUUUGUUCUUUUGUUUUGUUGUUUUGUUUGUUGGUUGGUUAUUUUUUUUCCUCCUCUCCUGGAUAUUUAUUUCUUUGGUAUUUUGAAUAGAUGUUUUAAAUGAUAUGAACCGGACCUUCAAGAGCCUUAAUUAGUUUCUUUGAUAAUUUAUUAUCAUGUGAACUGUACUCAUAGGGGGAAAAAUUAUUUUGUGAGGCCAAGUAAAACUGCUCAGAGUCUAUUUUUCUACAUGUCACAUGUGUCCUGACUUUCAGAAAGCAAAAUUCUGUACUUUCCCAUCUCUUCAUUACAUUGUUUCUCCAUUUCAGCAAGUCUAAAAAACAAGCAAACAAAUAAACACACAAAAAAAGACAAACUUCAUGGGGGUCCGUAAAUUAUAUUUUUAUACACAGAAUUGUAAAUUAGAUUUUUUUGAGAGAUCAAUACUUAACUGAAUCACAUUUCGUUUUUUGAAAUAGUGUAAAAUAUAUAUAUUAUUUUAAUUUAAAUAGUUUCAAAUGUAACGUCAUUUCCUGUAUUGUUUUCCAUGUUUUGCUUUGUAAAAACACCAUUUGGCCACGUUCAUGGAAGUCAAGACUGUUACACAAACUUUUUAUUUGCAAAAACCGUAAGAAACUUUGUUAUUUUUAACUUCAAAAAAAUUUAUUAGAAAAUAAUAUUUUUUAAAAAGCGCACAUGGCGGCAAUUCUGUGACGAUGGAGAUGGUAGUUUGUACAGAGGGGAGAAAAGGAUGUUUUGCAUUAAUAAAUUGAGAAAUAACUGCUGUAAAUUUACUAAAAUGUAUUUUUGAAUAUUUUGUAAUAGUUUUAAUAGUUUUAUAGAAAUAAAAUGUGCCAUGCACAGUCUGGUUAGUAUAUAAUAACUAAGAGUUCCUGGUGCAUCCCAUUUUUUUUUUCCUUUUUGCUUAUUGGUUUAGGAAACAUGAUGCCUAAAGGAGUACCUAUUAUUUAGAUGUGUUGCUUAUAACUUUUAAUUUUUGGUACUUUAAUUAAGGAAACAAAUGCAUCACAUCCGUGCAUAGCCUGGAAUCUUUUGUACUAACAGUAGAACCUCACUUAUUUGCACAUGUGGUGGGGAGACGCGGUUUCCCUUCACCGGAACCCUGUCUCCUCAUCCACGCUCAAGUGGUGCUCCCCUCUUCAAGCUCCAAACUCAGCUCUGUGUCCACCUCCUGGUCUGGAGACCACAGACAUCUCUUUAAGAUUGAUUUGUGAGGGUGUUAUAUCAAGUUUUCCCUUGGAAUCAUAUUGAUCUCAAGGCAGGCAGCUGCCUUCACCUUGUGGUGGCAUAGAGAUUUUAAUUGGCUUUAAUUUGGGAGGCUGGAAGAUGGAAAUCCAGGGGAGUGACACUGACUUUGGUGAAUAAACUGGGAUUCAUGUGGUUGAUGCUGGAAGAAGGUCACGGCCACCAGAUUAUACUGGCCACCUUGCCUGAGUAACAGUGCGGAGCUUGGGGCCACUGAGAAAAGAACAAAAACACUCUUUCUAAAAAAACCCCCAAAAGGCACAAAAAAUUGUUCAUUUAUUCUGAGAGAUGUUCCUUAGCAGCAAAGCAUCGGAGUCCAUCCUGAGCCAUUGAUGGGUGAAGGUAUUGGAACUGUGUUUUGGGAGAGGACUGCUAGGACCUGUGUCCUCUGCGCAGUCCUAGCUCCAAGCCAUGCCGAGGAGCUCAUCCUUGCCAGGUGCCAAUGAGUGAGGUUCUGCUGCACCUUGUGCCCCUCCCUGGAGAAUUUCUGGGAUCCCUUUAAGAAUUCUGCAAAACAUUGUGUGUGCACGUGUGUGUGCAUCUGCAACAGGACCAUGCCAGAAGGGAGAUUUCCUUGAAUGUCUUUUCACAUUUUCUUCGGUUUCCAUUACUCGCCAGUUUAGGACGUUCAUCCAUCGGGCAGCCUUUUGCUCCAGAGAUGCAGCCAUAUCCUCUGCCGGGGUGGAUGACAGCUUCAGGUGGCCCCCCAGGAUGUCCCUGCCUGGGGCUACGGCUGGAGAGCACAGGCUAGGCUCUUCCAUGCUCAAAGUCUAGGAGCAUCCAGAGCAGUGCCAGGAGCUGGUGGCCAGGCUGCAGGCACUGGCAGCCUCAUGUCAAGCCCUAACAGAUGGAUCUGAUCUCUCCUUCCCAGCAGCUUCUAAUUUGGGGCAACUUCCACCCUAUGAAGCUUGGUCAUGGCUGGGAUAGCAAGACUUUACUGUGACAAGCAUGCUGCAGCACCUGUGUGGACCACUGGGAUAGAAACCAAGCCACCUAAAUGCCGACCUGGUGUGGGGCAUCACAGGGGACUGUGGACUGCCCAUUGGGUGUCGGGGACAUACUGCCUGUCCAGUUUGGACUCUGCCACCUCCAUGUCUUCGGGGUCUGUUGGUACAUUGUGAGCUGCAGGCAUGGUUGGUUUGGGGCUUGUAAAAAUGUAGUUGUGAAACAAAUAAGUCUUGCUGUAAGUCUGACCUUCCUAUGGCAGUGUCUGAGCAUCUGAGCUCUCUUGCCCCUGAUUCUAAACUUUGUAAAGCCUUUACACUCAAAAAACAACUGUGACAGAGCCUACCUUCUUCAGAAGUCAGGCAGUAGAGGUGAUUAGGGAAUGGCAGUGACCAGACUUAAAGCUAUUGGCUUGGGGACUUAGGUCUAAGUUGUAAUUGAAAUGAAAAAGAGUCAUUAGACCAGAGCCCAAGCUUGUGUCAGUGUAGAGUACAUGCCCCAGUAGGGAUCAUAUAAGACACUGCUGUGUUUAAUCUUCACCAAAAGGCUGAGACGAGCUCAGAACUUUAUUUUGUGAGAGAAGCUAAGAUGCCAUCUUAUACUGGGAUCAAUCUGUUUUGCCAAGCAAAUAAAUGCCAUGCUCUGUUUACCAUCAUAUAUGCUUUGAGUGACUAUAUGACUCCCUCUCACUGUAUGUUUAUUACAUCUCUUUCUUUGACACCUCAUGUCCGGAUCAUCCCUCCAUGGUGUGCAUUAGAAGUGCUUCGUUAGAUGGACCAAUCCAACCUAUAGCUACAGCUCUCGUAUGAAGGAUGUACUGUCAUAACAUUGUGCAAAAUGUCUAGGAGAUGUCACCGUCCAUUUUCAGGGUCCAAGUAUGGCAAUAGUUUGUAUAAAAUGUACACAUAGCAGUGGCUACAGAAUAGUUUAUGACUAAAUACAUAUCUAUUACUGUUAAAAUAAUGUAUAAGAAUGUACUUCAAGCUACUAUCCUUGUGCU